ACGGGCGGCGGCGGCGGGGCCGGACCGGAGCCGGACCGGGGCCGGACCGGGGCGCGGGGCCCCUCGGGCGGCGGCGGCGGACACGGAGCAUGUCGUGGUUCAGCGGCAUCCUGGUGCCCAAGGUGGACGAGCGGAAGACGGCAUGGGGGGAGCGCAACGGCAAGAAGGGCAAGCGCCCGCGCGCCGCCCUCUGCGGCCCCCGCUACAUGAGCUGCCUGCAGGACCCUGAGAUGGAACGGGGCGCGGGGCCCCCCCGGGCCGCCCCGGGGCUGCGCUGCACCUGGCAGGAGGACCACUAUGGCAAGAAGGGGCCGGCGGGGGACCCGGGGCUCAAGUCGGGGGACCUGGGCUUGGAGGACAGCGAGGCCAAGGCGCCCAAGGGGGCCGGGGGCCGCGGCGAGCGGCUGUCGGCCGGCGAGUGCUGGCGGCGUUUGCUGCAGGUCUUCCGCUCCAAGCGCUUCCAGUCGGCCAAGCUGGAGCGGCUCUACCAGCGCUACUUCUUCCAGAUGAACCAGAGCAGCCUGACGGUGCUGAUGGGGGUGCUGGUGCUGGUCUGCGGGGUGAUGCUGCUCUUCCACUGCCUGCCCGGCGCCCCGCACGUGCCGGCGGCCGCCUCGCUGGCGGGCGCCACGGGGCUCUUCCUGCUCCUGAUGGUGCUGUGCAGCCGCAGCGCCUUCCCCCAGGACUACAUGUGGGUGGUGAGCUACGUGGUGCUGGGGCUGCUGGCCGGGGUGCAGGCGCUGGGCACGGUGGCCGCGGCGCCCCGCAGCGCGGCCGAGGGCGUCUGGUGGAGCGUCUUCUUCAUCUACAUCACCUACACCCUGCUGCCCGUGCGGAUGCGGGCGGCCGUGCUGGCCGGCGCGCUGCUCUCCGCCCUGCACCUCGCCAUCGCCUGGCACCGCAACGCCGCCGACCCCUUCCUCUGGAAGCAGCUGAGCGCCAACGCCCUGAUCUUCCUGUGCACCAACGUGGUGGGGGUCUGCACCCACUACCCCGCCGAGGUCUCGCAGCGCCAGGCCUUCCAGGAGACCCGCGGCUACAUCCAGGCGCGGCUGCACCUCCAGCGGGAGAACCGGCAGCAGGAGCGCCUGCUGCUCUCGGUGCUGCCCCAGCACGUGGCCAUGGAGAUGAAGGAGGACAUCAACACCAAGAAGGAGGACAUGAUGUUCCACAAGAUCUACAUCCAGAAGCACGACAACGUCAGCAUCCUCUUCGCGGACAUCGAGGGCUUCACCAGCCUGGCGUCGCAGUGCACGGCCCAGGAGCUGGUGAUGACGCUCAACGAGCUCUUCGCGCGCUUCGACAAGCUGGCGGCGGAGAACCACUGCCUGCGCAUCAAGAUCCUGGGGGACUGCUACUACUGCGUGUCGGGGCUGCCGGAGGCGCGCGGGGACCACGCGCACUGCUGCGUGGAGAUGGGGGUCGACAUGAUCGAGGCCAUCUCGCUGGUGCGCGAGGUGACGGGGGUGAACGUCAACAUGCGCGUGGGCAUCCACAGCGGGCGCGUGCACUGCGGGGUCCUGGGGCUGCGCAAGUGGCAGUUCGACGUCUGGUCCAACGACGUGACGCUGGCCAACCACAUGGAGGCGGGCGGCAAAGCCGGGCGCAUCCACAUCACCUGGGCCACGCUGCAGUACCUGAACGGGGACUACGAGGUGGAGCCGGGCCACGGCGGCGAGCGCAACGCCUACCUCAAGGAGCACAACAUCGAGACCUUCCUCAUCGUGGGCUGCAGCCAGAAGCGCAAGGAGGAGAAAGCCAUCCUGGCCAAGCUGCAGCGCGCUCGGGCCAACUCGACGGAGGGGCUGGUGCCGCGCUGGGUGCCCGAGCGCUCCUUCUCCCGCACCAAGGACUCCAAGGCCUUCCGGCAGAUGGGCAUCGAUGACUCCAGCAAGGACAACCGCGGUGCCCAGGAGGCCCUCAACCCCGAGGACGAGGUGGACGAGUUCCUGAGCCGGGCCAUCGACGCGCGCAGCAUCGACCAGCUCCGCAAGGACCACGUCAAGAAGUUCCUGCUCACCUUCCAGACGCCCGAUCUGGAGAAGAAGUACUCCAAGAAGGUGGACGACCGCUUCGGCGGCUACGUGGCCUGCACCCUGCUCGUCUUCUGCUUCAUCUGCUGCCUCCAGUUUUUGGUGUUUCCCCCCUCCCCGCUGAUGCUCGGCGUCUACGUCGGCAUCUUCGUCCUCCUCUCCGCCAUCCUCUUCGUCUGCGCCGUCUACUCCUGCGUUGCUCUCUUCCCCGCCGCCCUGCAGCGUCUCUCCCGGGCCAUCGUCCGCUCCCGCGCCCGCAGCACCGCCAUCGCCGUCUUCACCGUCCUCCUCGUCUUCGUCGCCGCCUUCGUCAACAUGUUCGCCUGCAGCCGGGUUCCCCUGCGGGACUGCGCCGCCCACGAGCUCAACAUCACCCCCGCGGCGGUGGGGCCCUGCCAGCUCCGUGCCCUCAACCUCUCGCUGGGCCCCCCGGGGCCGUGCCGCCCCCACGGGCUGGCCUGCGACUUCCCCGAG